UUUAAUAUAAGGCCAUUUUUGAAAGUCUUUUAAUGGAUUCUAUUGCGAGAUCUAUUGACCCAAACAAAACUAAGAGUAAGAGAAGGUCUAAACACGAUGCAAAAAAUCGAGAUUAUAAAUGUGGAUGUGGAAAAUCUUAUCUCAGUUAUCCUGCUCUCUACACACAUAUUAAGACGAAGCAUAAAGGAGAACUUCCAGAAGGAACUAUAACGACACAACAAAAGUCUGCAAGAGGUAGAGGAAGACCUAGAAAGCUCUACAUUGCUGAUGACUCUAAGGAAAGACAAGAUAAAGAAUACGAAGCAGAGAUGAAGCGAAAAGCAGAACAUAACAGAAUUGAUAAAGAAUUCUUUGAUAAAUACAAUGCUUCUGGAGGCCCAGCUGAUCCAAAAAUAUGGUUUAUCGAAGAUGAAGAAACACUGAGUAAAGUCAGCAAACUUCAUGGUAAAGUAUGUGAGCAACUAAAGAAUAAAAGACCCAAAGCUGUUGAUAUAACCUGAGAUGAUGCCAUCUGUCAAUAUUUAAUCGAGAUGAGUGAAAAGGUGACACAAAAUUUUUACAAAAUAAUGACUCUCUUGUUUGAAAACUAUCGUGCUUGUCUUAACCAAUAUGGAUGGGAUAUUGUCAACCAAUUUAAAAGAAUAGAGGUUGAUAAAUAUCAUGAUCGGAAGGCAUUCACCAGUGUUAAACCGCCUAGUUAUCUUCCUCAAGUGGCUAAUAGAUUUAUUAAGAAUAUUAUGCUUUCUCUUCCCUUAAUGAUGAGUGUUACUCCGAACAAUAUCUCUACCUCCUUGAAGCAACUAGCAAUUGACCUGACAAAACAUUUCUGUGACUGGUUAGUUAGAGUAAGAUACUCAGAUAGAACACUUGAGAAGGCAGAACUUAAAAAAGAGCCUGCCAAACCCAAAAAGAAGAAGAAGUAAUUUUUCAACUAUUCCCAAUUA